AUGGCUGUCCCUGCUGGUCCCGACCCGAAGCGCCUCAAGGGCCAGUUCCCCGACCGCCAGGAUAUCUACGACGUCUUCCGGCUCUUCUACUACCCUCCCGAGGGCACUGUCAGGUACUUCGACUACGUCGACGACAACGUCGACUGGCAGGUGACCGGCCAGAGCCGCUUCAGCGGUCACUGGUACACCAAGAAGGACUACUAUGACGCUACCUGGGCGAAGAUCAACCUCCUCCUGGAGGAGCCCGGCUACAAGCUCGAGACGGGCGAGAUUAUUGUGGACCCGACGACCGGAUGGAGCGUGAUCGAGAUGAAGACGGUGGGCGUCAAGACCAAGGGCGGCGUGCCCUACAACCAGCACUACUCGUGGCACUGCCGCUGGGACAAGAACGGCAAGAUCGUCGAGGCCAAGGCCUUCCUCGACCUGGACCAUCUCGAGAAGGUCUUUGGCGGCGAGCAGGCUCGCCAGGGCAUUGCUUCCAAGUAA